AUGGGCAUCAAGUUAUGCUUCGCCUCACCCGCCCACCCCAAGAGCAACAACCAAGUCGAGCGCGCCAACGCCGAGAUCCUCAAAGGCCUCAAGACCAAAACAUACAACGUCCUCAAGAAGCACGGGGACUCUUGGCUAGAAGAACUGCCUGUGGUGCUGUGGGCCAAUCGGACCACCCCGAGUAGUGCAACAGGAGAAACCCCUUUCUUCCUGAUAUACGGCGCCGAGGCGGUCCUACUGUCGGAGCUCUCCCUAGGCUCGGCUCGAGUUGCGCUGUACAAUGAGGCAGAUCAGGAUGGGCUCCGUCGUGAUGACCUCGACUAUCUGGAAGAGCGAAGAAGGCGCGCGGCCCUCCGGGUGGCGUGCUACCAGCAGAGUCUGCAGCGCUAUCAUCAGCGCCACGUCCGGGCCCAGUUACUGCAAGUCCAUGACCUCGUCCUCCGCCGCGUCCAGUCGCGCUUAGGAUUGAGCAAACUCUCACCAAUGUGGGAGGGAGCAUACAAAGUGAUCGGCGUCCCCCGACCAGGCUCAGUUCGAUUGGCCACGGAAGACGGCACAGAACUACCUAACCCCUGGAAUAUCGAGCACCUUCGCCAAUUCUACCCGUGA